AAUACUCACGAUAAACACCACCUCUAUUUCUGGCAUCGGCAAUUAUUUCCCUAGGUUUAUUAUUUUUUUGUUAAGCGUAUUGCUUGUGCUCGUGCUGUCGCCAUAAUGUGUGCAAUGUGUGGCUGCCAGUGGUGCCAGUGGUGAAGGUGUAUCGCUUGUGCGCAUCUCGAUUUGGCCAUCCAAAUCCAAUUGAAUCCCAGUUUCCCAGUCGCGUCCGCUGCUAUGCGUGUGUGUGUGCGUGCGUGCCCAUGUCCCUGCAUGUGUGUGUGUGAGUGAGAUCGGGAAGAAGUUGUGUGCUGCUGUUGUUGUUGCUGUUGCUGUCGGAUUUGCCGUUGCCAUCGUUUGUUGUUUGUGCAUUUUCCAUUGUCGGGCGACGCAACAAAAGGAAAAAAUUACAAAUUAAAAAUAGAGAGCAAGAGCGAGAGGGAAGGAGUGGUGUGGAGUGGAAAAGGGCGGUAAAAGGGCAGAAAUUUGGAGCACGGGAAAUCCGAGUCGCUGAAGAUGUUCUCGAAGAAGAAAAAGAAACCGCUGAUCUCGAUGCCCAGCAAUUUUGAGCAUCGUGUGCACACGGGCUUCGACAAGCGGGAGAACAAAUAUGUUGGCCUGCCCCUCCAAUGGGCGUCCAUUGUGGGCAACAAUCAGAUACUCAAGUCCUCCAACCGCCCGCUGCCACUGGUCGAUCCCUCGGAGAUUACGCCCACCGAAAUUCUCGAUCUGAAGACCAUUGUGCGUCCGCAUCACAACAACAACAAGGCGGACACCACCUCGCUCAACAGCAGCAGCACCAUGAUGAUGGGCUCAAUGGCACCGAUGAAUCCCAUGGUACCUGGCGCACACCCAAUGAUGAGCCAUGGCCCCGGAAUGAUGAUGCCACCCGAGACGGGCGGCAUAGUCCUGCCGAAGACCUCUCACGUGGCCAGAUCCAAUUCGCUGCGGAGCUCCAGUCCGCCGCGAGUGCGACGGGUGGCCAAUGUGCCGCCAUCGGUGCCGGAGGAGGAGGGACCACCGGCAGCUGGAACACCGGGAGCAGGUGGAGCUACUAGCGGUGGCUUUAAGCCACCCGGUGCCCAUCCCUCCCUGCUCUAUAACAGUCAGCAUGCGCACGCGAAUGGAGCAACAGGACCACUGGCCGUACGCACGGACCAAACCAACCUGCAGCAGUAUCGCAGCAAUCUGGCCCCGCCAUCCGGCGGUUCCAUGCCCCAGCAACAGCAGACUUCGCCCGUGGGCUCGGUGGCCAGUGGCACACGAUCCAAUCACUCGCACACGAACAAUGGCAACAACGGCGGCAGCUAUCCUCCCAUGUAUCCCACAAACCAUCAGCAGCAGCAACAGCAGGCCAAACAGGGUGGCGAUCAGAACCAAAAUCCUCUGCAUCCGCAUGCACAUCCGCAUCCGCACCAUCACCAACACCUGGCCAAGUCGGCUUCCAGGGCAUCCAGUUCCAGCGGGGGAGCGAGCAGUGCUGCCCAGCAGGCGAGCGGCGCCAGUGGAGGAGCGGCGGGUCAGCCAAAGCAGGACCAACGCCUCACCCACGAACAGUUCCGUGCCGCCCUGCAGAUGGUGGUCUCCGCCGGUGAUCCGCGCGAGAACCUCGACCACUUCAACAAAAUAGGCGAGGGCUCCACGGGCACCGUAUGCAUUGCCACGGACAAAUCCACAGGUCGCCAAGUGGCCGUGAAGAAGAUGGAUCUGCGCAAACAGCAGCGACGGGAGCUGUUGUUCAACGAGGUCGUCAUCAUGCGGGACUACCAUCAUCCCAAUAUCGUGGAGACAUACUCCAGCUUUCUGGUCAACGAUGAGCUGUGGGUGGUGAUGGAGUACCUCGAGGGCGGCGCCCUCACCGAUAUUGUCACCCAUUCGCGCAUGGACGAGGAGCAGAUAGCCACCGUCUGCAAGCAAUGCUUGAAGGCUUUGGCCUAUUUGCACUCACAGGGCGUCAUCCAUCGCGACAUCAAGUCGGACUCGAUUCUGCUGGCCGCCGAUGGUCGCGUGAAGCUGUCGGACUUUGGAUUCUGCGCCCAGGUGUCCCAGGAGCUGCCGAAGCGCAAGAGUCUGGUUGGCACGCCGUACUGGAUGUCGCCGGAGGUCAUAUCGCGCCUGCCGUACGGCCCGGAAGUGGAUAUCUGGUCGCUGGGCAUCAUGGUCAUCGAGAUGGUGGACGGCGAGCCGCCCUUCUUCAACGAACCGCCGCUGCAGGCGAUGCGCCGCAUCCGUGACAUGCAGCCGCCGAAUCUGAAGAACGCCCACAAGGUCUCGCCGCGCCUGCAAUCCUUCCUCGACCGGAUGCUAGUGCGGGAUCCGGCACAGCGUGCCACCGCCGCCGAGCUGCUGGCCCAUCCCUUCCUGCGCCAGGCGGGACCGCCGUCGCUGCUGGUUCCGCUGAUGCGCAAUGCGCGACACCAUCCGUAGUUGGAUGCCAGAGCGCACGCUGACAGGACAAACCAGACGAUCCGGCUGCUCGAUGAAAGCAAUCAUUCCCACAGACAACGGACCCCGGCCCGUGGGCAUCCAUCUAUUAAAUUCUAGUAUUAACAUUCAGUUUGGCAGCUGUACUUAAAUCCCCGGAGUUUCCCUCGAAACGUUGUAAAGUCAUUUAAGCUCCGCACAUCCAUAUUUUAGCUGCACGGCUCGACCACACUCCAUGUCCACUCCGUGCCCACUAACGUUCCGGAAGAGAACGCAAUGUGCCUUUCACAAGCCUCGAAAUCGAAACUUAAAUCGCAUCCUGCAACCGAUACGGAUGGAGAAACGAUAUAGCAUUUAUCUGCCCGAGAACCACAUUUUUAUAUAUAUAUAUAUCCGAGUAUUUCAGCAUUUUGCUCUCUCUCUUCUUGUCAAUAUUGAUUUGUGUGCGUGUGUGUUUGAUUUUUUUUAGCCAGCCCAUAAAACAUUGUUCGAAUAUAUACAUAUAUACGCUAAGAGCUAAUGUUAAAAAUCGAUAUAUAUAUAUAUACACAUAUAUUUUUUAUAAAAAAUAACCUAAUUCUAAGCAAAAGCGAAACAACGAAGGUGUGAAUCGAAGGGAGACAGAAAACGAAAGAGAAAGAGAUGGAGUUAGGCGGAAAAGCAUAUACAAUUUGGACAUAAAUAUUUUUUAAACAUUUACAUUUUACAUUUGUGUGAAAAGUUAUACGCUCCAGACAUACAAAUAUGCAUAUAUCUAAACACAUUCCCGAUUUCGAAAAUAUUUUAGAACUUUUAGCUUACAUUCUUUGUUCUGUUUUUUUGAUUUAACCCGUGUAAUUAUUAAUUAAUGAAUAAACUUAAAUGCGAAAAUGUU